CCCACCACUGGCGAUCAAUCGGUAGUCUUAGAGAAUGACGUCAUUGCCGGCACGACGCAUACGGCAGCAACACAACACAAACGCCACAAGAGCAAAAAAAAAGAGAGGCAAGUCCGGUUUCGUUACUUGCAGCUCACCCGUUUCCUUUCCUUUAUUACCCUCUUCACCCCGUCCAUCCCUCUCUCCUCUCCAUCCCCCUCAAUCAACAGGGCCAGCGAAAAACAACGACAACCCCGUACCCCACAACCACCACAACCACCACCCCCCUCUCAUCCCUCCUCGAUCGUUCAACGAUCUCCAGUAAAAAAUGGGCCUCUUCAACCGUCGCGGUAACACCGCGGCUGCUGGCACUGGCACUGCGCCUGCUCACCAGUACACCGAGUAUCACACGAAUCGCCGUCCGCCCAUGGGACAGUGGUUCCGCACGGUCUGGCUCGACCUCCUGACUAUGGUCGUUCUCGGAGCUGUCGGUCUUGGUGUUUACUACGCCCCUCCCGCCCCGACUCGCUCUUUCCCCGUCUACUUCCAGGAUGGCGAAAUCGUGUACCCGCAGUUCGCCUACCCCCUGCGCAAGAACAUCAUCCCCAUCUGGCUCGCUGCGUUCCUGGCCAGCAUCAUCCCCAUCUUCAUCAUGGCCUGCAUGCAGAUCCGCAUCCGCAGCUUCUGGGACUUCAACAACGCUGUCAUGGGAUUGCUUUACGCUCUCAUCAAUGCUGCCGUGUUCCAGGUCUUCCUGAAGUGGUUGAUCGGUGGUCUGAGGCCUCACUUUUUGGCGGUUUGCAAACCUCGCAUUCCCGAAGUCGGCGUUGAUGGUGUCACUGGCCUUCUCAACACCGGAAACGGCCUGAGACAGAUCAUGUACACCCGUACCAUCUGCUCCGGAGAUACGAAGGAGAUCAACGAUUCUCUCGAAUCGUUCCCGUCCGGCCACUCUACUGCUGCCUUUGCGGGUCUCGUCUUCCUGUACCUGUACCUCAACGCCAAGCUCAAGGUCUUCUCCAACUAUGCGCCGCACAUGUGGAAGCUCACCGCACUCUACGCCCCCAUCCUCGGUGCCACCUUGAUCGCCGGUUCCCUCACUAUUGACGAGUACCAUCACUGGUACGACGUUGUCGCCGGCGCCAUCAUCGGUACCAUGUUCGCUCUGAGCGCCUACAGGAUGAUGUACGCCAGCAUUUGGGACUUCCGCUUCAACCACGUUCCCCUUCCCAGGGGCAACAUGAGAGGCUUCCACUACGGAUUCAGCGGCGAGGAUGGAUGGGGCGAGGCUGUUGCCACUAGGAAGGCGGGCUGGGGCGAGGGCGAGGGAAUGGCCACGGGCGCUCCUUUCGACGCUGCUCACGGAGCCAUGGGUGGUGCCGGUGGCGGUCUUAGAGGGAUCCUGAACGGCGGAAACCACAAUGGUGCUACUCACAACACUCACAAGGUGGAGGGUGUGGUCUAAAAACUGGACUGAUUCGUAAUGACUGAACGAUCUGCGCGGAUCAUCUGAUGAUUGUACUUGAGACGGAGUUAAUGUGGUGUAAUUGAUCAUUGGUGUCCGCUCUUGUUUUCUUUUCUUUGCUGUUUACUCAUGUUCAUGAGAAUAAUACCUUACGUUUCUUCAUCAAA